AUGUGUAUUGUAUUUAGUAAGGUAGGUAGAGGUAGAGAGAAGAGAAAUUCUAAUUACUUUUAUCUAUCAAUCUAUCUGUCUGUGUCUGUCUGUUUGUCUGUUUGUCUGUUGUCUGUCUGUCUGUCUGUUAUCAUAAAUUUUGUUGUUGUCGUAGAAAAAGUAAAGAGAAAGAAAGAGGAGACAGAGAUAAAUAAAUAA